GCGAGGGAAGCCCAAGAAAUGGUUCUCAUGACAUGCUCUCUGAUACAAUUAGUGGAGGUACUAAUCUACUGUAUGGAUCUAGCUCCCAUGGUGGAGAUGAUUCUCUUACUUCCGAGAUAGUGAACGUACGUCUUCAAAAGAGAGUUGAGACCGACCACCAAGAUGAGGAUACUAGGAAGCACAAGGAUCUUGGUUCUUCAUCAUCUAAUUCCAAGCAGUCCACUGAGGAAAAUGGAAUACCGGCUAAGCAUCAGAAAGUGAAGUUGACAGAUCUUGCAGGGGUGUUUGAGAAGACGGCUGCACAGGAAUUCUACUGUCCUAAUUGCAAAGCUUGCAUCACCGAGGUUCUAAUUGGCGAAAGCGAACCAAAACUUCCUUCACCACUUAUUCAUUGGCCGGAAGAACCUCUUAGUCCAACACCUUCUGAGCUAGAAGAACCUCUUACUCCACUACGUCCUCAAGUGACAGAAGAACCACCAGUCAGAUGCACUUCGUGCUUUAGUCUCCUAUUUCAUGCAGGCGAUUGGAUCUUUCGUCGAGAUCGACCAGUCCCUACUGAGCAAGUUAUUACUGUGCCAGAUGAUCAAAUGCCACUAUUGCCACCACGAGAUGCUACUAAUAAGAGGUUGGAAAUCAUCAAAAGCAUCGUUUACGGUGGUUUAACUGAAGCAAUUGCGAGCUUAAGUAUUGUGGCAUCUGCAGCUAGUGCUGAUACUGCCACAGUGAACAUUUUCGUUUUGGCAUUGGCAAACUUGCUUGGUGGUCUUUUCAUCAUUGGACACAAUCUCUGGGAACUGAAAGCAGAUCAAGAUGACAGUAAAUAUCAAGAAGUACUUGGGAACAAAGAGAAUUUCAUUUUUCAUUCCCCAGUUGCCAUAUUAUCGUUCCUCAUUUUCGGGUUGGUACCUCCAUUGGUUUAUGGCUUCUCAUUCCCUAAUAGCGACGACAGCGACCUAAAGAUUGCAGCAGUUGCUGGAUCUUCUCUUUUAUGCAUCAUACUUCUGGCAAUUGGAAAGGCUUACAUCCAGACGCCACCCAAAAAGUACAUCAAAACUGUGCUGUACUACUUCGUGAUCGGGGUCGGGGUCGCCGGUCUUUCUUACUUAGCAGGAGAUCUGAUUAACAAACUUGUAGAGAAGCUUGGAUGGUUCAGCUCAGCUGUAGCUGGCGGUCUGCCUCUUCCUCAUCAGACGAUGAUGAGUACAGUGAAGCCUGCAUGGGAAUCCUGGUGACAUUUUAACUAUAUAUCUCUUAACUAAUCGUGCCCCAACCAUUUUUCAGCAAAUUAAUUAACUAUCUUACUCGUACGUAAAAUAAAAGUGGUUGGAAAUGUUUUACUCAGCUGGUUU